AGGCUCGCGGGUCCUCUGUCCGCGAGUCCGUCGGUCGGUGGCGGCGCUUGUGUGUGUGUGUGUGUGUGUGUCAGCAUGAGGAGCGCGAGGACGCUGCGGCAGCUCGCGCGGAGCCUUCAUCAUCAUCAUCGUCAUCAUCAUCAGGGCCGGUCAGUGGGGAUCAUAGGAGCACCUUUCUGCAAGGGACAGCCCAGAGGUGGAGUGGAGCGAGGACCGGACGUGAUCAGAGCUGCCGGACUGCUGCACAAACUACAGGAACAAGGCUGUGCAGUGAAGGAUUAUGGGAACCUGGUAUUCGAGGAGGUGGUCGAUGAUGAACCCAUCGGCCGGGUGAAACACGUGAGGGCGGUGGGCAGCGCCAACCAGAGGCUGUCAGAGGCGGUGCAUGCCGUGAAGAGGGAUGGACACACGUCUGUGAUGCUGGGAGGAGACCACAGUUUGGCGAUUGGCUCCAUCCACGGUCACUCGGCGGCGGUCGGGGAGCUGAGCGUCAUUUGGGUUGACGCUCACGCUGACAUCAACACGCCACUGACGUCGCCCACUGGAAACAUCCACGGACAGUCGAUGUCGUACGUCCUCCGAGAGCUGCAGUCCAAGAUUCCUGUUUUACCAAACUUCUCCUGGAUCAGACCGUGUGUUUCGGCCAAAGAUCUUGUCUACAUCGGGCUCAGGGAUGUGGAUCCAGAAGAGCAUUACAUCCUUAAACUGCUCGGUGUGAAGGUGUUUUCUAUGUCUGAGGUGGAUCAGCUGGGUAUAGCCAGAGUCAUGGAGGAGACAUGUGAUUACCUCUUUUCAAAGGUGAAGAAACCGAUUCACCUGAGCUACGACAUAGAUGCCAUUGAUCCUUCUGUUACCCCGGCAACUGGGACACCUGUAGUUGGAGGACUCACCUACAGGGAGGGAGUCUACAUCACUGAGCAAGUCUGUCAGACAGGUCUCCUGUCAGCAGUGGACAUGGUAGAGGUGAAUCCUCUGAGGGGUCAGACAGAGGAAGAAGUCCAGUCCACAGUUAGCACAGCGGUUGACCUGCUGUGCGGCUGUUUCGGACGUCUACGUGAGGGAAACCACCCGUCGGAUUACCGCCUGCCUGAGCCCUGACGAAUAUGACGCUGAUCUUUCCCGCUGCUAUUAUGGACACCUGAACUUCUCUCUAAUCACAAUCAACAGCUACACAAACAAUCAGAUUUUAACAUUGACACCCUCAGAGAUUUGAACCUGUAUCAGUGAACUGCACAUUUCACUGUACGAAGCCGUCUGCAACGCUUUCAACCAAAGAUCUGAUGUUGGUAAAUCAUCUUCCUGUGGAUGGACUGCUUACUUUCUGCUGCAGCAAUUUUAAGAGACAAUAACCACAAAUUAUGUCAUUUAUUCAAUAAUCUAUUGUUCCAGUUGUUUUUGAUGGCUUGGCUGAAAUAAAAAAAAAAAAAAAGCUACAAAGUGAAGUCUAAGUCCUUAAAAAUCCCUCCGUGCUCUCUCCCUCUCUGUGUAUUUUUUAUUUUUAUUUUAAAAUUUAUUCAACAACAUUAACAUAACACAUGUGUAAUAGUUGAAAAAAAGAAUCAAAGCGAACAACUAAACAAAUAUACAAAUGAACAAAUAUACAAUACCAGGGAUUAUGGACAGAACACAAGACAUAAAAGUGGUGCAAAAAAUAUAUGUAUGUGUAAAAAAAAAAAACAAGAUUACAGAAAUACAUUAAAUUUGGAGCACACAUUCAGUGUGUUUACAGCUUUGCUGUUACAAGAGGCAGCUAUUGCUUUAACAUAGAACUCCACUUCUUUCUCUAUAUGUGUAGCUUCACAACUGCACGACACAGGACUGACAUUUUUCUGUCCUUGGCGUGUUUUGUCAUCGGUCAUGACCUUGUGGGAGGAGCUCAGAGAGGCAGAGAAACGAAGCCGGAAACAGAUUUAAACCAGCAUCUGAACCAUCGCCUGUUUGUCAGAACUGUGAGAAACUGAAUCAGUGAAGAAGCCCGGAUGUUAAAACAAACUGUGGAGCUGCUGUUUGUCGAACAUGAAUGAGGCUGAAUACACCUGCGAAGGUGUCACCACUUUGUCCACGAGCACUGAGACAUCAUCCCUGAUCGGAGAGACGUGCAAAAGUUGGUGGUGACGGGGAUCCCCGACUUCACAGCAUCUUCCACGAUCACAGAGAGUCUUCAUACAAUGAAGAAGUUUUUUGAGACCAGGACAGAGGCCUCCAGGUAAUUCACCAACAGCUUUACAUCAACUGUCCAACACAGAGCACUGACAUCAAACUGUUUAUCCAAAAUGUUAUAAUAGAAGUAAUCUGUAAUAUAAAAAGAAGCUGAGUAAUAUGUUUUAAUAGAAGUGAUGUAGAUGUAAUAGUCAAUGUAAUCUGUCACUAGAUGUAGUUUGCAACAGUAAAAAUUACCUGUAAAUUUAGACAUAAUAUGCAAUUUUUUCCAUGGACUUACUAACAUAAAUGGACUUAGUUUACCUGACCCUGUAUGUAUUGAUUUGGAUUUCAGGAUACUAUUUGAGCUUUGUUUUUGUGUAUGUUUACAGACAGGUGACUGAUUGUUGGCAUGUUCACACACAACUGUGUAUUAUAUGCAUCUUGAGAACCUCUCCCUUUAAACCUUUGCUUUCCUCAGACACACACACUUCUACAUAGUGUUUGUAGGUUAUGUCAAAUUUUGUGUUUUUUUCUUAUUUGUUCAAAUAAAGACUUCUGAACACUGAA